AUCCAUGCUAUUAUUGCUGGGAAAGGAAGGGUAAAUGAAGAAUGUUUCUGAAGUCAGCGUCGGAAGCAUUCUAAAGCAGAAAUAAGUUUGCUGAGUUUUCUCUGGGGUUUCUGCCUCCCCCUGCUAGCUCCUUUUCCUGGAUGACUGCCCAGAAGGCCUUUGCCCUAGGGUUUCCAGUCCCCGUCUCCUCUCCUGGGGAGCCUGCAGCCUAGGCAGGAAGUGGUUAAAGCUUCUGGCUGCUCUGCAAUAGGGCCAUCUGUGUUUGAUCAGUCCAGGCGGAAAGGAGGGGGCAGGGGCCUUAAAGAGACUGAAAGCAUUCCAGAGUAGUGAGAGAGACCAGAGAUGGAGAAGGAGAGAAGGCACCGCCCCCACCCCGCCUCCAAAGCUAACCCGCCGGCUUGAGUGGAAGAGGCCAACCGCACACACGACUACACACUCUGGCCCUACUAUUCCACUGCCAUGGGGCCCCGCACUCCGCUCCUGAUCUUGUUCCUUUUGUCAUGGUUGGGACCCCUUCAAGGACAGCAGCACCACCUUGUGGAAUACAUGGAACGCCGAUUAGCUGCCUUAGAGGAACGGCUGGCCCAGUGCCAGGACCAGAGUAGUCGGCAUGCUGCUGAGCUGCGGGACUUCAAGAACAAGAUGCUGCCGCUGUUGGAGGUGGCCGAGAAGGAACGGGAGGCGCUCAGAACCGAAGCUGACACCAUCUCCGGGAGAGUAGACCGUCUGGAGCGGGAGGUGGACUAUCUGGAGACCCAGAAUCCAGCCCUGCCAUGUGUAGAGGUUGAUGAGAAGGUGACCGGAGGCCCUGGAACCAAAGGCAAGGGCAGAAGAAAUGAGAAGUAUGAUAUGAUAACAGACUGUGGCUACACGAUCUCUCAGGUGAGAUCAAUGAAGAUCCUGAAGCGGUUUGGUGGCCCAGCCGGUCUGUGGACAAAGGAUCCACUGGGCCCAGCAGAGAAGAUCUACGUGUUAGAUGGCACCCAGAAUGACACAGCCUUUGUCUUCCCAAGACUGCGUGACUUCACCCUUGCCAUGGCCGCCCGGAAGGCUUCCCGGGUCCGGGUGCCCUUCCCCUGGGUAGGCACGGGCCAGCUGGUAUAUGGUGGCUUUCUGUAUUAUGCCCGGAGGCCCCCCGGAGGGCCUGGAGGGGGCGGUGAGUUGCAGAACACUUUGCAGCUCAUCAAGUUCCACCUGGCAAACCGGACAGUGGCGGACAGUUCAGUGUUCCCAGCAGAGGGUUUGAUCCCCCCGUAUGGGCUGACGGCAGACACAUACAUAGACCUGGCGGCUGACGAGGAGGGCCUUUGGGCUGUCUAUGCCACCCGGGAAGAUGACAGGCACUUGUGUCUGGCCAAGUUAGACCCACAGACACUGGACACAGAGCAGCAGUGGGAUACCCCAUGUCCCCGAGAGAAUGCCGAGGCCGCCUUUGUCAUCUGUGGGACCCUCUACGUCGUCUAUAAUACCCGCCCUGCCAGUCGUGCUCGUGUCCAGUGCUCCUUUGACGCCAGCGGCACCCUGACCCCUGAAAGGGCAGCACUCCCUUAUUUCCCCCGCCGAUAUGGUGCCCAUGCCAGCCUGCGCUAUAACCCCCGUGAGCGCCAGCUCUACGCCUGGGAUGAUGGCUACCAGAUUGUCUACAAGCUGGAGAUGAGGAAGAAAGAGGAAGAAGUUUGAGGGAGCUGGUCUUAUUUUUUUGAAUUUCUUUCACCUCCAUACAUUUAUAUCCUGAGUUUCCUGCUCUUCAUUCUCCAGAUGUGGGCAAGUUGUGAUUCAAAUCUCGUGUUUUUAAUCCAUGGAAGCUAAAUUCUCCUGGCCCCAUGCAUUUCACAUGGGACUCCAGAUCUUAAGGAAUCCUUUCCGAGCUAAAAGAAAGCCCCAGAUGUUCACUCCUCUGCUGCCCCAUGUAAACAAAUUACAAGCCAGUGAAAGAAGACCCCGUUCCAGAGCUCUGACCUUUAAAUACAUGGGGGCAACCCCAGUGAUCGGGCAACAGAAUGUUUCUGGCUUCAGUGGAAGUCAGGGGAGAGACGGUGAGGAGGAGACUUUUAGCUCUGCCCUCUCUCCCUUUCCCUUCAGUGCCCUAGAGAAUGGGACUCCUUCUGUACUGCAGACUUUUGCAUUAAAAGGAAA